CUUUGACUUCUUUAGCCUAUUUAUUUAUAACCGUCAUUGCUGCUUCGGCAGUGAUAAGAAUUGAUGAUGACCUUGAUAAUGCACUUGAACAAAGAAAUACUUGUGCGACCAAGUGUCCUUUCAUCCUCAACAAUGAGAUUUUUGAUCCAGAUUGUCCUAAAAAUGAAAAGGUUUCGGAAGGUCCAAUUAAAGGUCCUGUGGUCUUUGCUCAAGAUGAAGAAGCUUUCACUUAUACGUAUGAUGAUAUGAGCCUUGGUUGUGAUAAUGAAAAGUAUUUUUCUGACAGUUCCAACAAUAAAUCUUCUAAAUUUGGGAGAGUAAAUGUAUUUCUGAGUAUUAUAGAAAAUGGUAAUAUCAACAGUCGAGCAAAACUUCUGCUGAAUAAAUGA